CCACUGCAACUACUACAGGGGCAGCCUACUUUGCUGUUUCCGCUUGCUUUUCUCUCUCUUUUGUUUUUUUGUUCCUUUUUUCAUGCUUGAGCACUAGUGAGAGUGAGAGCACUCGUGACGUCGUGUAUGUCGCAGGAUCUAACAAGGGAGAAGGAACCGAACGGACAAAAUUCUCGGCAGGAUCAGAUUCAGAGCACAGCACCCACCGCCACCGGACGGAAACAAAGCAGAGCAACCGCUCUCUGCUCCUGCUCGGCUGCUCCCCUUGACAAUGACGAGUACCGUCGCCACCUCCCAGCACAGGAAGCCGGCGACUUCCCGCUUUGGUUAGGCCUGCCGUCCACGCCCCGGCGACUCAUUUUUCUUCGUUCCGUUGGUAUGUGUAUGUCCCACAGCUGCUGGUGAUGUCGACGGCGCGUUCGUCGCCUCCACAAGUCAUCUCUCGCUCCCCGCCUAUAUAUACGCUGCCGCUCCGGUUCCCGUCCCACAAGACUCAUCCCGUGUCCCGUCCUUCGCGCGGAGCCCCGAGAGAGGACGGGAGGGGGAAGGUCGGCCGUGCGCGUGCUGCUAUCGCAGGUCCGUCCUUGUCCAUGGAUUCAUUAUCCGAUGUUAUGGCUGUGUUUUGAUACGCUUUGCGUUUUAGGUUGAUUCAUGAGGGUGUGACGUUGCAGCUUUACUCUUCUUGAUUCGGCCCCUUCUUAAAUUACAAUAAUAGCUUUGAUAAGUGGUUUCUCUGUUCUUGGCUCAGGGGUCUCUGGGUUCAGUCUAGGCCGCUAGGCUUGUUUCUUUCAUAGCUCUACCCGGUUUUAAUUUUUGCUAGAUCAAUCUGCACUGUUAUUAUCUUCAACAACCAGAUUGUGUUGGUCUUCCUUCCAAUUGAUGUGGGAAUUUCUGGUCUCCAAGAGCAAAUGAAUGCUCAGAUAACAUCAUUUCAACGAUAUAACUGCAUAUGGUUUAAUAAUUUGGGUGCCAUUAGCCAUUAAGAGAGUCCAUGACUACUGUCAGAUCAUAAUAUUGCACACUGUUCAUCAUCUCUGUACCUGAUGAUGCCAACAGCGUUCUUAAUAGCCACAGAUGUUUAGUCCAACAACUGCAUAAGAAGGACGUGCCUGGAGGUCUACUAAGUCAAAAGUUGUUGGCUGAAUUAUAUAUCCUUGUUAUCAAGCCUAUCAACCAUUACCUUCCCUUUGUUUAUUGUUCUUGUCUUCUCAAAGAUCACUAGAUAUGCUUGCAGCCGAGCGCUUUGUUGUGUUCAGUCCCGUUGAGUAUAUACCGCCAAAGCUUUGAGUUGUGCAAGGAAUUGAUGCGCAACUCAGUCUCUGAAAAUUGUUAAAGCACUGAUUGCCAUUUUAGCAAUAAUCAUUAUGAUAGGCUUGCAUCCUCCUUCCUACCAUUCGCUGUGUGGUCAAUUCUGUCUCCUUGGUCUUGUCUUGUCUUAAAGAAAACAAGGAUAACAUCAGGUCGGUGUUUCAGUGAUCUGGCGACCUUAUCCAAAGCCAUUGUCUAGGAGCUAGGACGCACGUUAAUUCGCUUGAGAAGCAGGUUAGGGAAAUGCCAAAAAUAAUUAGUGAAAAGGCUUAUGUAGUAGUAGUACUACUAGUAUAAAUAAUGACACAAGAGGCAUCCUGCCAAGGUCAGUCACAUAGUGCAUUACGUAACGUUUUCUACUCCUUGUCUGAAGUAGUAGUAGUACCUUGUUUAGCACGGGACCCUCUUAGGUUUGGCUAGGCUGAUUACGACACAACAAUAUCCUGAAAAUUCUCUGGGCCAAGCAACCCCAUGGUUCCCUUUCUUACAGUUGUAGCAUGUGUCCCUUUCGGAUCUUGGUGACACUGCCCACCUUGUCACGACGGCGUCCACACAUGAACCCGGACGGCACCGCGCGCCACAAAUCUGCAAUUUUGCGUGGCUUGCUCCGUCCCUCUCGUUAGUUGUCCUGCCCUAGUCGGAUUGAUGAUAAUCUCACUACGGUUUGAUCAAGAUGUCUACCUUGAAUUAUUGAUUGCGCCGUGAACUGUCGAAGGUGCAAGAGCAGGAUGAAUCAGGUUAGCGAGGAGCCUAGGGAUGAUCCGUCCAAGAGAGUGAGCGGGGGCGCGCCGGCGGCGGCCCGCGCCGGCUGCUUCGACUGCAACAUCUGCCUGGACUUCGCGGUGGAGCCGGUGGUCACCCUCUGCGGCCAUCUCUACUGCUGGCCUUGCAUUUACGAGUGGCUGCGCCGCGACGCCGGCGGCGGCACCAUCUCGACGGCAGGGCGGCCGUGCCCCGUGUGCAAGGCCGCGCUCACGCUGGACUCGCUCGUGCCGCUCUACGGCCGUGGCGGCAGCCGGUCCAGCAAGUCACGGCUCCACCCGGCCCUUCCGCGCCGGCCGACCGUGCACCGGGGAGCCGUCGAGCAACAGAGAGCGCAAACCAGCGGUGGCAGUGGCCGCCGGCACGUGAGCACGGAACCCGAUUCGCCAACUCGUUCAUCCCGUCACGCGCAUGUCGGUGCCGCGCAGUUCGACAUCAUGUACCCUCCUCCGGCCCUGGGGCGCGGCAUGAACGCGAUGAACUCGACGGCCGGCGGGGUGCUCGGAGGGAUGGCCCUGGCGUUGCUCCCCUGGGUGUUCGGUGGCCAGGCGCCGGCGCCGAGCUACCCCCUGGGCGAGCUGCAAAACCUGAGCCCUAGGCUGAGGCGGCAGCACAUGGAGGUGGAGAGGUCUUUGCAUCAGUUAUUGUUCUUCCUCUUUGUGUUCGUAGUGCUGUGCCUGCUCUUGUUCUGAUCUCCCGGAGCACAUUCGUGCAACUUCUGUACAGAUAGCGUGUCGUGUACAUAGUACAACUCUUAAAAGAGGUCAUGUGUUAGCACUAUUAACCAAAUGUCCAGCCUACCUGCUGUUGUGACAAGUUCGAUCAUACAUGAACAAACAACUCCUGUAGUGUCA